AAAUUAGGGUUUCUAUCCAGCUACACUAAUUCCUGCACAUACACUCCUCUGUAUCUGCAUCAUCAUCUUGAGCACAGCCGCCGCGUUCAAUGGAAGGCCUGAGCCUCUCCGAGCCAGCACUCAAAGCCCAAUUCUCCCAACGAGUCCUCAUCAAAACCAUCCUCAGCCGCCCCGACGGCGGCGCCGGACUCGCCGGCCAGACCGUGAAAAUCGGGGGGUGGGUGAAGACGGGGCGCAAAGCCAACAAAGACGAGUUCGCUUUCCUCGAAGUCAACGAUGGGUCUUGCCCAGCUAAUUUGCAAGUGAUCAUAUACGCGACAAUAUCGCCGCUUGAUCAGCUUGUUUCGACCGGGGCGUGUGUUCAUGUGGAGGGGAAGCUUGAUGUGCCUCCUGAAGGGAAGAAUAAGCAGAAGAUUGAGUUGAAGGUUGAGAAGGUUCUUGAUGUGGGCCCGGUUGAUCCCUCCAAGUAUCCCAUUCCCAAGACUAAGCUCACUCUUGAGUUUCUCCGGGAUCAUGUUCAUCUUCGGGCUAGAACCAAUACGAUAGCAUCAAUUGCGCGGAUCCGUGAUGAGCUGGCUUAUGCAACCCACACAUUCUUCCGCAAGCAUGGAUUUCGUUAUGUGCACACUCCUAUUAUCAGCACAAGUGAUUGUGAGGGUGCUGGGGAGAUGUUUCAAGUCACCACACUGUUUAGUGAUACUGAGAAGCUGGACAAGGAACUGAUUGCCAAUCCUCCACCUUCACAGGCCGAUCUUGAGGCGGCAAGUGUCCUUGUCAAGGAAAAAGGUGGUGUUGUUGCGCAGCUAAAAUCUGCUAAAGCAAGUAAAUCAGAAAUUAGUGCUGCUGUUUCGGAGUUAACUAAAGCUAAAGAAAUUUUCUCCAAGCUGGAAGAGCGCUCUAAGCUUAAACCUGGUAUUCCUAAAAAAGAUGGGAAGGUAGACUAUUCCCAAGAUUUCUUUGCACGUCAGGCAUUUUUGACCGUUUCUGGUCAACUUCAAGUUGAGACUUAUGCAUGUGCUCUUAGUAGUGUAUAUACUUUUGGACCAACAUUUCGAGCUGAACACUCUCACACCUCGAGGCAUCUGGCAGAGUUCUGGAUGGUGGAACCAGAAAUAGCAUUUGCUGAUCUUGAGGAUGAUAUGAGGUGUGCGGAGGCUUAUGUGAAGUUCAUGUGUCAAUGGUUACUUGACAAUUGCCUUGAUGAUAUGAAGUUUAUGGUUGAAAAAUAUGACAAAGGUGCCAUUGAUCGUCUAAAAAUGGUUGCGUCAACUGACUUUGUCAGACUUUCUUAUACCGAAGCAGUUGCCAUUCUCGAGGAAGUUGCUAAAGAGAAAGUGUUUGAGAAUAAAGUGGAAUGGGGUAUAGAUUUAGCUUCAGAGCAUGAAAGAUACUUGACUGAGGUGAAAUUCAAGUCGCCUGUUAUUGUGUAUAAUUAUCCUAAAGGCAUUAAAGCUUUUUAUAUGAAGGUCAACCCUGACAACAAGACAGUAGCUGCAAUGGAUGUACUUGUACCGAAGGUGGGAGAACUUAUCGGGGGUAGUCAAAGAGAAGAGCGUUAUGAGGUGAUCAAAGAAAGGAUAUCGGAGAUGGGACUGCCACUAGAUCCAUAUCAGUGGUACCUAGACUUGCGACGCUUUGGGACCGUAAAGCAUAGCGGUUUUGGUCUUGGGUUUGAGCGGAUGAUUCUUUUCGCCACGGGCCUCGAGAAUAUCAGGGAUGUAAUACCAUUCCCGAGAUACCCUGGACGAGCAGAUUUAUGAGCUAAAUAUUGCUCUGGUUUUUAGACACAUUUAAUCAGAACUACAUAUGAACCAUAGAGUUUUGCCUCUAGGAUAGCAAAUUAAAUGUUAUAUCAUGUUGCCAAAAUUGAACAUGACUGAAGAUUUCAUGCGUCUCUGCUUUGAUGAAUGGUUUGCCUAUAUUAAGAGAUUGUGUCAAACUUUCUUA